AUGGACCCUUUUGACCCGCUUGAAUUAAGAGAGGCAGGUCCUCAGAAGCCUAGAGGUCCCCUAGAGCCCAGCGUCCUCGACCGGAAAAGACCAGUGGCUCGAUUCCCAGAUAGCUUUUCUGCCAAUCUCGGUCGCAAGGCUUCCUCCUUCUUUCGUCAAGACGAUUUUGCUACUGGAUUCGACCAAAAAAACUCAUCAUCCCCUCCUCCUCUCCCCGAAAGCAAGAGCAUCAUUCAUCGAAAACGAGACGUUUUACCUGGCUUACCUUCUCCAUCGAUUACUCGCGAUCGUCAAACAUCCGCCGCGUCUUCAGUCAAGGCAAUGGUCGCGAAAUUCGAAGGAGCCACUGGUACACCUGAGAAAUCCGACAAGAUGUCUGAUCACGGAGAUUACGAUCUCAUUCCCUCCUCGCCCGUCGCUGACAAGGGCAGGGGUAAGGCUUCAUUCGAUGAGUCUACUGACACCACCGCCGCUUCGAUUGCGACCGGCGUUGCUUCACAGCCCGAGAAGAAAUUGUCCGCUCGAGAGAUUGCCGACCUGGAGCUUCUCAAGAUGGAGGAUUACUUCCAGGACCAGUCCCUCGCACGCUCCCUCGACAACUAUGUCGCCCCGAAGCAUAUUCAUACCAAGGUCAAGGUCCUUCCUCUUGAGGAGGACGAGGGCGUAUCCAUGGUGAAGGCUGCCAAAAUCGAGCUUUGGAACAAGUUGGCUUCGCUCAACGAGGCCUUCGAGGAGCGCCAUCCAUCCGCCAAGGAAGAGCGUCUCGCCCAGGAAGCUGCUUUCGCUGCCACCAACGCCCGUCUCGACGAGAUCUUCAGAGAGACUUCCAAGCAGGGCGCUCUGAAUGAAGAGGCCAAGAACUCGACCCGUGCUGAGCGCAGAGCUGAGCAAAAGGCCCAGAAGAAGGCCGACAAGAAAGCCCAGAAGGCUGACAAGCGUGAGGUCUCCGUCGCUCCUGCCCCUCAGGCCGUCACUUCGCCGACCCUUGAGGAGCACACCACAAAGGAGGCUUCGCUUCGUGAGAAGUAUCCAGAGAUCUACGCAAAGAUUGACUACUGGCGCGCUCUUGGCGCUAAGGACAAAGCUGCUGACCCUGUCGACUCUGGCAGCGAAUAUACCGACGACGCCAACUCUGACGACGAGUCGCCUCUUGCAGCUCCUUCUCAGCCUGUGGCCCAGGAGACCCAGUCGGUCACCGCUCAUGGUCAAGUCGCAGAGGGCAAGGCCCAGACGAAGCAGACCUCUGCUGAUGAUUCUUCUUCUUCCGACGAUGACGACUCGAGCACUGGCUCAUCCGACGGCGACCCGUUCCACCUGAACAAGUACCUCACGCCAGAGUACCAGGCAAAGGCUCAGGCUUAUCUCAAGGCCUUCGACGAGGCUCAAGCUCAAUCCACCGACAAGCCCGUCUACGGACCUGCUCCUCCCCCGUCUUCCACCCAGUCUGGAGGCAAGACCAUCGCCGGCAAGCCCACUACCGCUGACAACCGCUCUCAGAAGACCGCGGAGAGCGACGACAACGUGCGAACCUCACUUCACAUCUCCGACGAUGAGCUGUCCGACACUGACAACGUCAAGGCCUCCAAGGUCUCCGCUGCCCAGCAAGAGCGAGACGAGAUCAACCGUCGUGCGUACGAGCGCGUCAAUGCCGCUCACGCCCGUGGUGAGAUUGUUCGCCUCGAAAACACGAAGCCCAUUCGCGACACUUUCUCGACUGAUAUCAAGAAGGAGGACAUCGUCCCCGGUUUCGGAAAGGGCAAGAACAAGCAGGCUCCUGCCGCCUUCGACGAGGAGGCCUACGCCGAACGCUCGAUUGCGUCUCACACCAUGAAGCCCGCUCCGCUGCGCAUCCCUUCUCGCGCCAAGCAGCCUGCCGUCGACAACAACGACAAGGCCGGCGCCAAGGAUACCUCUCAGUCUCAGAGCAAGACGCCCACCGUCGCCGAUACUCCGCGCUCGUCGAACGCUAGCAAGUACCGCAUGGGUCCUGGAGAGGCUACCGUCUUGACCCAGGAUUACAACGGCAACAACCCGUUCCUGCGCAGAAACGGCAGCGGCUCUUCCACUCAGAGUGGCGGUCCGAGAAGCAGCGCCAGCACUCGCAAUUUCAGCUGGCCCAAGAGACCGAAGAGCAGCAAGUACGACUUCGUUGAUAGCGAUGACGACGAGUCCAAUAAGAAGAAGAAGUCGGGCAAGACUCAGACUCAGACUCAGACCACCUCGUCUGGCAGCAGCAGCUCCCACAACUCUGAAGCUUUUAAGACUAUGCUGAACAACACCAAGAAUCUUACCGGCUUCACUCGCAAGAUGGCCCCCCUCCCCAAGCCCCCGGUCAACGAGGAGACUGGCGAGCGCCGAAGCUUCACGGCAGACGAGUACAAGAACAUUAUCCAGGACGAGUUCAACCGGUUCGCCCAGCAGUCCCCUGAGAAGAAGGCGCAAGACCUCGAGACGGCUCUUGCCAUUCUCAACGGUGUCCCCUCUGCGUCCUCAUCCUCCAGCCGCGCCCCGACUGCCCCGGCGCCCGCUCCUUCGGACAACAUCACUCGUCAGACGGUGACCGUUAACCCCUUCCUGCAACGCCCUACUGUCCGCGUCGCCGGUACUACGGCCCUUCCGCCCACGCCCGCGACGUCUGCUGUCCCCGCGACCAUGGCUGAGAAGUUGGCCGAGCUGGAUGACUUCUUCGCGGAGGAAAAGGACAACAACUACACCACCUCCGCUCCUGCCGCCGCGGGCUCCAGCUACGCCUCGAGCUACAACUCUACGGCCUCCACGAGCCAGAAGAAGCAGAAGGAGAAGGAGAUCCAGGCCAAGGACGAGCCCUGGAACGAUCCCAACUAUCACGAGGAGGCUCUCUCCCACGGCUACGCCUUCAAGAAGACGGGCUACAACAACCUCCCCGACAGCAUGGAUCCCGUUCCCCUCACCCGCACCCAGCGCCGUGAGGUUCUUGAGCACUACGGCAUGUCCGAGGCAGACUACCCUGCCCCUCCCGCCGGCUACCCCAACCCUCCCGGCCCCGAGCCCGGCACCGUCGCUCCCCCUUGCCCCUCGCGUCCUGCUCCGUCUGUUCCCGGCCAGGUCACUCCGGCUGGCAGCAUCGGCGGAGGAGGUAGCAGCAUUUCGAGCCUUCACAGCCUCGACAGCGACGCUCUUUCUCCUGCUCAGGCUCCUGCUCAGGCUCCUACUGUUCAGAGCCUCCGCACCCCUCGUCGCUUCCGUCGCGCAGCUACUGCGCCCCCUGCGCCUGCCCCUGACAGCCCUGCUCCUGGCUACGAUGCCGACUGGUUCUGA